UUAAACCAAAAAUUUCCAAAUUGAAAUCCUAACCCUAACUCAACACAAUACACUCUCACACACACUCUCCAAUCCAAGCUCUAGUCCCGUACCCACGGUCAGCAGAAAGAAAGAAAGAAAGAAAGAAAGAAAGAAAGAAAGAAAGAAAGAAAGAAAGAAUGAAAGAAAGGGAAGAAAGGAGAGGGGAGCCGCAGGAGAAAGAAAGAAAGGGGGAAGGGAGAAGAUGGAUAUCCGAGAGGGGAGAGGGCAUCGGUGGAGGGGAAGGGGCCGUCUCACCACCACCGCCGUUGGGUCGCCAUUUCCAUCGCAAGGGAGCAGAGAGCGUGCGCGAGGAAGAAGAAGAAGGCCAUGCCAUCGUGUCCGUCGUUGUCUUUGCGGGUACCUGUCGCUGCCGUCGUCCUCGUCGCGAAGCCAGUGCCAUCGUUGUCAUCAUUGCAGACAAUUGCUUCACGUGUGGUCGCCGCCCCCUCUGAGUCCGUCGUCAGGGAGAGAGAGCAUCUGCGAGUGAGAGAGAUAACUUGGAAGGGAAGCCGUUGCUGGAGGAGGAACCAACCACGCCGACGUGCUCUACCAUCGGGAAAUGCCACUGCCGCCGCUGAGAUCCACUGCCGUUUUACUCUAAAUGUUGCAUGUCGCUUUAAUGUUGCUGUGGUUGUUGCGACUAUGGUUUGAGUUGAGGUUACGGCUUCCGCUGAUCGCAGAUUGAGACAAAAGAUUUUCUAUGAUGCGUUUGGAUUACGGGUUUGCUAAUUAAGGUAAGGGCCUUUUCUAAAAAUUAAUUUAUUUUUAAUUGAAAAUGUUAUAAAUUGAUCUGAUGUGCGAAAUGCAUUUCUGGUGAUGAUGUAAGUCUUAUGAAUUGUCUGAUUUGUCUUGGAUAAAUAUGGUUGUCUAUUUGAUUGGAAUAUUGUAUGAUUUUGUUAAAUUAGAGAUCUUUGAUUGGUUUGAUUUGAAAUUAUUUUUAAUAUUUGAAAGUCUGAAUUUUUUUUAUUGGAAACUGAUUUGGUCUACCUGUUGGAAUGGGUUGAGGAUUGGUUUGGUUGGGACCCGAAAAGAGUGGCAAAGUCCAACUUUUAGGGAAGGUGCUGGUGAGAUUUCUAUAAAAUUUGAGACUUUGUUUG